AUGAUGACGAGCACGACACUCAAUCCCGCAGCGCUGAAAGCGGACGUUCACCUGGUCACCUCUCCUGCCCCUGUGAUUCCGACUCGAACCGUCACCGUCACCAUCAAUGGCAUCUCCACCACCGUCAUCGCUCAAUCCUUCACCGAUCGCAUCUUCAUAACCGUCACGCAGCUUUCCAAGUUUGGCUGUCUGUACCAAGCCUCAACCUCCUCCAAUCCUGCGGCUCCCUUCGAAGAUGGCGCGAUCGGGACAGGGCUGCCUCCUCCAUUGCCAACGACAGUAGUAAGCAAGCUCGUCGGCACCGAACCCAGCCCUGCGUACACCACGCUGUAUCAGCUGUACGUCAGCCAGAUUGCGAGUAUUGUAAAGAGCGGGGCGAGCGGUGAAGAUAGACCGUUGGUGGUCAGUCUGGCGCUCAAGACAAGUCCGAGCGCGGAGAAGGGCAGGGAUGAGGAGGACGACGAGGCGGAGGAGUUGCUUCUGACCAGCGAGGACGAGAGAGCGCGGUUCAUGGCCGUCAUGGAGGCUGUUCAGAGGUGCAUGGUCUGGUAG